GUUUCAGAGAGUGCCCUUUACAUCGAUUUCACAACGAGUAGUUGUGCCAUCGUUUUCUUGGUAGUUUUUCUAGUGGAAGUUUCUAGUACACAGACUCACAUUCAUAGACGAAACCAUGUAACGUCGUGUACACAAACGGCGUUUCUGAUGCAAUCCUUUCGUGGUUUGGUUUCUCGAAGUGAUAGUCCAAGGCUAGAGGCGUUAAUUGUGAUGUGACUAGAUGAAGACAGCAUUUACUAGGAAUAUUCAGUAAGUUUUGUCUGGAAGCCUCCCUACGAUCGCAUCUAAAGCAUGGACAUGGAUAAUCGAGUUUUGCCACGCUCGAUGAAUGCUGAAGGAAACGUAGCUACAACAGACACAAUUACUUCCCAGGAAGACAUCGCUUUGUGUGUGAUACAACACAGCUGCUAUCCACAUGACAAUGGACAAAACAUAGCUACCCCAUGGCAGCGAUACAGAGUUCACCAGCAGUCGACAUUGCUUAAUUUAUCUUUUGUAAUCACACUGAUGUCAAAAUACAGUCAGGAAAUAUGGAUCAGUGAUUUAACACCUUCACGUCCAAACGAGCUUGCUGUGAAUAAUGGUGCUUACAGGAUGAUAUUGAAAGCAUAUCCCAGCCGAGGUGUGGUUAUCAGCAAUUCUUCAGUAGACUGUAGAGGGAGACCGCUUCCCCCUUAUGCUCGCCUACUCACUAUCCUGCUUCCUACUGGUGGUCCCAAUAUUUACAAUGCAACCGUGCAGCUUACCGAAGAGCUAGAAGGAAGGGUAGCUGUAUGUGAUGAGAUCGUAUUCACUGUAACAAUAAAUCUCCCAGGUGGAAACCAAGGUCAUUAUCAUCAAAAUGGGAAAGUUUUUUACAUUGAAUACCCGCUUCCAAAACUUAAACUUGCAGGGGUACUAAAGCAUCCUUAUGCAUGGGAUAUCAUAAUGAGAUUUGAGAACCUGUCAGAUAAUGGGCAAUAUUUAUUAUAUAGACGGCACAGAAAGAGCCUGGAAAAGUGGGCCAAGACAAGACCCCAAUAUCAAGAUCUGGUUGCAAUGGUCUUAAAUGAGGAAGGUGUGGCGUGCCUUAUCCGACAUAGGCUUAAAGAGGGAGUUAAUCUCGCGAAAAAAGCUUGCCCUUUAUCCUCAUUCCACAACUGUGUGAAUGACCGCACCAUCCGUGGUUAUGCAUCUGCUGUGUAUGCCGCUGCGGAACGAUUUGGUGGUAAUCAAGAUGGUGCCAAGCAGCAUCUCCAGGAUGCUUUGGAGAUAUUUGAUCCAAUGGAACCAUCUUCCUACACAUCAAUAACACUCUACAAUGUUGGUGCAAUAGCAAUGGAGAGAUCUGCCACCGUGGGAGUAAGCAACAGCGAAGAAAAAGAGGCAGAGAGUUUCCUCCAGAAGGCAGCUAUGCACUGGAAUCAUCAAAGCCUUAACAAAACAGCUCGCAUGCUUCCUAGAGUGUACAAUAGAUUGAUUGGCCUAUAUCUCAAGUCCUCUCCAAAUUCAGCUCCAAAUCUUAAUGUUACUGUAUCACAAGACAACCUAAGACGUGCUGGCGAGGUAAUCAGGAGAUUUGGUGUCCUCCUUCCUGAAUGCUCCAAAUGGAUGAAGAGCACUUUCUACCUUGGCAAGGCAGAUCACUGGAUCAGAACAAGAGAUAUUGACAAUGGUUUAAGGGCUGCACAACAAGCCUUGGAUAUAUCCAGGCAGUCUGGAUUACAGAGAGAAGCAGCAGGGGCAACGAGCAGAGUGAAUCUGUUAAGAGAGCUGGAUGACCUUCGACGACGACCACCAAUUGUUCCUGAUUGUAUGAGCUAGAUGCGGUGUGGCGAUACAGCUGUAGUUUAGAAGUUCAUGACGAAUGGAAUUAAUUUAGUUCCUACGGUUGUUGCUGCUCUUUCUCUGCAGCAAGUGGUGGGAAAACCACAAAAUUAUGGCCUAGUAGAUGUUAUUUUGAUACACUUACAUUAACUCUGUCCCUAACCCUAACCCUAAAGGUAGCUAUUUAUUUAUUUAUUUGUUUCUACUAGAACAUUAGGGAUGAUGUUUUAACUUAGUUUUAUUAGGGGGUCCACUUGCAGAUUUGGACCAGGGAGUCCAAAUCUAGCAAGGUCAAAAUCUGCUAGGACACCGGAACUAUUGUGGAAUGUAGUUGUGUUGGUAGAAAAAGAGAAGUAUUAAUUAAAACCACUUGGAUGUAAUCAAUCUCAGCUGCAAGAAGUACCCCGUCAGCUGAUUAGUUUGUAUUUUUCUGGUUUGCUUACAUGUCCUGAUCACUAUAAUUGUCACUGGUCAUGACGCAAGAAACGUUCAGGACUUACUUUUUAGGUAAUCAUGGUUUUCCGAGUUUUCUGAGUUGUUCAAGGCUCCGACACCUUGGCUGAUGGGUGUUCAAAAGUAUUUACGUCAACAUCAGCUUAAGAUGGUUUAAUUCAAUUCCCCAAUUCCCCCAGAGUUCCUACACGAGUUUAUUGAUGGAAAAUCUGGACAAAAA